AUGCCCAGGAACAUUCUCUGCACCAUCCUGUCGAGCACCUGCUGCAGUAGGAGGGGAUGCGUCACGCUUCACUUCAAGCUCGCCCUCAUGAUCACCCUCACCCUCGCCAACCUUGCCGCAACGCUCGCUGUCACGCUUGCUGUAACGCUCGCCGUCACGAUCGCCGUCACGCUUGCUGUAACGCUCUUCGUCACGAUCGCCGUCACGCUUGCUGUAACGCUCGUCGUCACGAUCGCCGUCACGCUUGCUGUAACGCUCGUCGUCACGAUCGCCGUCACGCUUGCUGUAACGCUCUCCGUCACGAUCGCCGUCACGCUCGCUGUCACGAUCGCUGUCACGCUCGCCGCCCCACUCGCCGUCACGCUCAUGCCCUUUCACUUGCAAGUGAUCCUCGUCGUCCACAGCUUCAUGCUGUCGUGUUGCCCCGGUCGCCUGUUGUUUCCCUCUUUUCCCUUUCUUGGCACCGCCCCACUCCUCUCACUCCCUUUCUCAUCCGCGCAUCCCCACCGCACUCAUGCGCAGCCCACUCCUCUCACUCCCCUUCUCAUCCGCGCAUCCCAACCGCACUCAUGCGCAGCCCACUACUCGCACUCCCCUUCUCAUCCCGCAUCCCCACCGCACUCAUGCGCAGCCCACUCCUUUCACUCCCUUUCUCAUCCGUGCAUCCCCACCGCACUCAUGCGCAGCCCACUCCUCUCACUCCCUUUCUCAUCCGCACAUCCCCACCGCACUCAUGCGCAGCCCACUCCUCUCACUCCCCUUCUCAUCCGCGCAUCCCCACCGCACUCAUGCGCAGCCCACUCCUCACACUCCCCUUCUCAUCCGCGCAUCCCCACCGCACUCAUGCGCAGCCCACUCCUCUCACUCCCCUUCUCAUCCGCGCAUCCCCACCGCACUCAUGCGCAGCCCACUCCUCACACUCCCCUUCUCAUCCGCGCAUCCCCACCACACUCAUGCGCAUCCCACUCCUCUCACUCCCCUUCUCAUCCCGCAUCCCCACCGCACUCAUGCGCAGCCCACUCCUCUCACUCCCUUUCUCAUCCGCGCAUCCCCCCCGCACUCAUGCGCAGCCCACUCCUCUCACCCCCCUUCUCAUCCGCGCAUCCCCACCGCACUCAUGCGCAGCCCACUCCUCUCACCCCCCUUCUCAUCCGCGCAUCCCCAUCGCACUCAUGCUCAGCCCACUCAUCUCACUCCCCUUCUCAUCGGCGCAUCCCCAUUGCACUCAUGCGCAUCCUACCCUUCCCACCCCCGUACGCAUCCGCGCAUCCAACGCGCAUACCUUGA